AUGUCCGACAUGAGCGUCAUGGCUUGCUGCGGAACGCUUCCGAAAAGUCGAUACAACCAAUUCCUUGCCCAUCCCGCCUCUGGUGCUCACCACCACAUCAUGUCAUUCCAAACUGCGCGUCUUUCGCGCAUACCCACAACGGGCUUGCGUCUGACAAGGCAGCGCCCGUUUUCCUUGUCCCCAGCCAGACUCCAAUCCUCGGUGCCCACCGUAGCAACAUGUCCCUCGCCUACAUGCGAAUGUGCCUCGACGCCUCCCGACCUCGACAUCGACCGCAAAACCCCGCUUUUGAACUCAAUGGCCGCGUAUUCAGAACAAGUCAUUCUGUGCACCGGCAAGGACGAUUGGCACAGCAACAUUGAGCAAGACGACGGCGCGACCGGCGCCUUUGUCAAGGGUCUCAAAGGCGUAAUUGGCAAGGGUGGAGAGGCCUUUGAUCCGUUCCAUAACGUCGUUAUAACUGCUUCGUCGCUGCCUGCGAGCAAAACACCGAAUACGACGACCGCAUUGCUAUUCCCUGCGUUCAAAAGGGUCGCGGCGAUACCGCAUACAAACGAGUCUUGGAACGAUUUCGCCACCGCGUAUCUGAAGGCUAGGACGCUACAUCCUAUGCAUGAUGGCUUGGCGGCAGAGCAAAAGGCAAGGCUCGUACGCGACGAGGAAGCGGCAACGAGACUGCCCACCGCAGAACCAAUCACCAAACCCACGGUUCUGAUAUGUGGCCAUGGCGGCCGCGACCAACGCUGUGGUAUCCUCGGCCCGAUACUGCAGUCCUCGUUCCAGGACGAAUUACAACGACGAGGUAUCGAGGGCCAUGUGGCACAGAUAAGUCACAUUGGCGGACACAAAUAUGCUGGAAAUGUCAUCAUAUACCUCCCUCCUAGUCCUCUGCACAAUGCGCAUGCGCUCGCUGGAACGGGGAUUUGGUAUGGUCGUGUAGGUCCUGAGAACGUCGAGGGUCUUGUGGAAGAGACGAUUGUGAAGGGAAGAGUCGUUCUUGAUCUAUUGAGAGGAGGCAUUACGAUGGAUCGCGGCAACAUUGGGAGAAUGGUAGAAGCGCAGAUGGCCAGAGCGAAUGGCAAUGACGGGACGUUGAAGUUGAAGCCUAGGGUCCGGUGA